CUCUACCCUCCUCAUGGCCUCCCCUCUAUCACCCAUCCCUCCUGGGCCCUUUCUCUCCGCUUCCUCCACCACCCUCACUCGCCGCUCCCUUCUCCUCUCCUCCACCCUUUCCACCACCCUCACUACCCCUCCCUUAUCUUCAACCUCAUUAUCACCUCCACUAGACACCACCAUAACUGACCGCGUCUUCCUUGACUUCUCCCUCUGCCCCACCUACUUCCGCAGUACUCUCCCCAACACCUCCACAUCUGCCGACAGUACCCCUCUAUGCUCCGACCCGACUCCUUUAGGCCGCCUUGUCCUUGGCCUCUAUGGCAAUCUCCUCCCUCUUACAGUCUCCACUUUCAAGCUCAUGUGCACCUCUUCCUCCUACAAAAACACUCUCGUCCACAAAAUAUUUCCAGGACAGUUCUUCCAAGCUGGACGCCAAGGCCGCAGCCGAGAAUAUGGCGAGGUCCAUCUCCUUCCUGCCUUGGACUUGCCCCGGAACAUUGAGACUGUUAACCCUAAGGCGUUCUUGCUUGCACAUUCAAGGGCUGGUAUCGUUUCGCUUUGCUUAUCAGAGAACGAUGAUGACAAUGAGAUUAAGCUCGAUUCUGAUUAUAGGAAUGUUGAGUUCUUGAUCACUACAGGGCCUGGCCCCUGUCCUCAGCUGGAUAAUAACAACAUUGUUUUUGGCACGGUGCUUGAAGGGUUGGAUGUUGUGACAGCUAUCGCUUCCAUCCCAACAUACAAACCUUCGGAUAGAAUUCGCCUACUAAAUGACUUGGCUGAAUUUUUUGGAGACGAAAGAGCCCAGAAAGGCCGUGCAUUAUGGAACAGGCCUCUUAAAACUGUUUAUAUCAGUGAUUGUGGAGAGCUCCAAGUUACAAAGCCUUCAAUGCCACCUUCUCUGCCUUGAAAAUACAUUAAUUUAUGCAUUCAUUCUUUAGCCUCCCUUCAUUUGCAUGUGCAAACUCGUCUGUAAUUUGCCCUGUCUUGCAAACAAAUUUUGUUAACAACAUCUAUGCAUGAAAGAAAGAAGAAAAUCAAAGCAGUUCAAAGUAUUUAAUUUGUCUAUUUCAUCAGAUAUUCUAUGUCCAUAACUAGGAGCAAAGCUGCAUGCUGCAAAUCAUGGCACGUAAGGGAGUCAUUUUUCCCUCGUCCUCCCUUGCAGGCAAAUUUAUUUUA